AUGGCACAACCCGACAAAUAUUAUAACAAAUACACCUACCAGAUGUCUCCGGCAAUGUUGAGAGCUAGAAGACCAUACUUCUGGAAGAAUAUGGGAGCUUUUGGUAUUCUGGGAGGUAUAUCUCUAAGUGUGUACCUUUACACAUACAACUUUUUGAUGCAAGAUGAUUUUGAGAAUAUUCCUAUUCCUCCAAUUAAAGACGAAGAUUUGGCUGCCCUGAGAAGAGAGUACGAGGAAAAGAAGCAACUCAGCAAGUAG